AUGACCUUUAGUGGAAGCGAAUCAGAUGAUUUUGGAAUCCUUAUUAAAACCCCCCCUCCAGACUUGACUCUCUCAACACGCUUUGAUCUUUUUUCUGAUUUACUCCCUGAUUCACAUCUACAACUAGAUGAUAUCCUUACCUUUCAAAAUACCCCCUCUUUACCAAAACCCCCCAUCUCUCCAGAUUCUUCAAUUAAUCCAAUUACCCUAGCUCCACCCCUUACCCAACUUACUGUCCAUCUUCCCUCUUCUUCUUCUUCUUCUUCUUCUUCUUCUUCUCCCCCUGAGUUGAAGAAAAAUGAACAAUUACUACAGCAAACUAUAAAUGAUCAAAAAAAAAUUAAUUCUCCCACUUUACUUCAACAACCUUCUAAAAGGAAAAAAGUUAAAAUCUCAAUAUCAAAAUUACUGCCCACUUCUUCCACAGAAUAUCAUAACAAUAAUAAUCAUAAAAGUGAUAAUAAUAAUAAUAAGAGUAAUAAUAAUACCCCCCAUACUCUCCAUUACUACAAACGCAAUCCAAAAACUCGGAUUUCUAGAAUUAGUAUUGGUCCUCAAAAACCUACUUUAACAAAAUAUAAUCUCCCUAACAUAAGACCCACACUCACAAAUACAUUAUUACCAACCACUCAUAAAUACCCCUCAAAUGUGGUUGAUUCUCAAGCAUCUCUAGCUGCUGCCGUUGAUGAUGCAUUUUUACUCCCUGUUGGCCCUACCAACAUUGAUACCCGUUCAAGACAAUUCCUACUCCCAUAUGUCUCUACCACUACAAUCUCAUCAUCCAUAACUCCUACUACUACCACUGUAACACCCCCUAAUGAAAAUACCUCUGAUCAAAACUUGGUUUCCCCUGCACUACCAGCAAUUACCCCAUUAGCUGAAGAAGAAAUUAGAACAGGUAAAACCCCUAAAAUCCCAUGCAAUCGCGACUCAUAUGCUGGCGACGACCCGGUUCUAGGGUCAUACCGUGUGCUUUUAGAACAUAUGAGUGCACAAUUAACCAGUGAAUUAUAUCAAAACAAAAGGGAAGGUAAUACAAAUUGGAAAGUACCAACAACCCCAAUGCGAUUUGAAAAAUUUAGUCCUCUUAAAAAUGAAAUAGACCCGAAAAGCCAGCAACUCACAGAACUCACUAAAAAACAUAGAAGAAGCCAUCGCAGACACCAUCACAAAUCAACAACAAGGAAAAUCGAUUCACCAAUAUCAAUAGAUACCUUUUUCCCUCAAAAUACCGUUGGUGGUGGUACAAUAACCAUGGCAAACAACAAUACCAAUGGGACCACCACCACCAAUAACAACAACAACAACAAUAAUGGAAUCACACCUAAACCUUCCAAAUUGCGAAUUCGUCUGGAAAAUGGCCAAAUUAUACACCAUGACAUUUCCACCUCCACAACUGCCGCAGCUGCUGCUCGUAUGCUCUCGUCCAUGCCACUACCGCAAAAACGGCCUCUGGACUUUGAUUUGGAAGAUGAUGGUGAUCUUCGUGAGCUUCACAAUUCACUUGCUCAGCAGCACACGUUUUUCUCCCAAGUUUCUGGAACAUCCUCGGUAGACUUUGAACAACAACAACAGCAGCAGCAGCAGCAGCAUCAACAACAGCAACAACAACAACAACAACAAAGAUAUCAGUACGGGCCCCCUGGACCAAGAAUGACUUCAGAAAACGUCCAGUUCAAGCCUCUUUCAUCUUUUAAUUACAUUGGCCCAGAACUAAGCUCCAAGUUGGUCUGGAUCCUACACGUACAUUUUGAUGCCAUUCGAAGAGCUCGAAUGGCACCCCUGGAUGUGUUUAAACGAGUUAAUGCCGCCUUUGUAGAGUACUUUGGUGCAAUGGUCAAUGUACUUGUGGAGCGAACUUGGGCUUUUGAUUACAUUUAUGUGAUCUUGCUUGAAUUCACAACCCGUUCCAGCCCUAACGGUUUAGUUGCCGUGGCCUCCAUGUGUGGGCUUCUAUGUAAAAUGUUUGAUGCUAAACAUAGUACAUCUGAAGUGCACGCUUUUGAAGGUAGAUGUUUUGAGCAACUUGUCAAGCUAGCCUGUGGUCGUGGAGAUUUGCAACAACAACCACGUAAAAACGGGUCCUUUUUUAGGAAAAGACAAGCAAACGAUGUAGAUGAAGAUGAUCUCGAGAUUUAUGCAUACCCUGCUCGUGUCACACUCACCUACUUAUUUAGUAGAGUACGUGUAACACAAACAAUGGUGGACCGCCUUGUAAGGAUCCGUGAGCAUGAUGAUUACUUUUUCAAGCCCCGCAAGAUUCCUCUUCGCUGUUUUAUUAUCUUAUGGCUCAAGCUUAUCAUUGCCCAAUUCCCUGAAGAUGGUUCACAUGAUGGAGACCAAGAUUCCCAUGUCCAAUAUCCAAUGCACAGUAACGACAUUUUAGCUUUAGAUCUAACCAAAAAACUGGUGGAAACAAGCUACCGAGAAGCUGAAAUGAUUGUGGCCCUCGAACAUAAUACAACUGCCCGUAAUCUAUACUACCAGGUGUUUCCAGAACUUAAUACGCGCUCGUCGCGCUACCCGUUUCUCAAUACUUUUACCUUAAGCCAACUUCUAGCCAUUCUUGACACAGCACCGCAAGGACUUCUUGCUGACGUGACCCAGAUUGUGUUGCAGUCGCUGCGCCGUGCUGCGGUGAAUCCGCAGACACCGUUUCGGUUUGAUUUGGAGGAGGUGGUCGACGGUGAGACUCAGGCUAGUAGGCUCAGACGACAUUUUGAGCAGCCAGCCCAUUGCCAUAAACAUUGCAAAGACUGUAGAAAGUACCGGCGUAGGUAUAACUACGUAGUCCAGCAGUACCACCGACAGGCAGAACCUGUGGCAGAUGAAAGUGUGCAUCGUCGGUGUAGGAAAACUGGGCGGUGGUUGUGCUGGAAAAACAGCAAUCAUGGUAGAGGUGAUGACGAUGAUGAUUAUGAUAAUGAUGAUUAUAAUGGUGACGGUGAAGUACGGAAACGAUCACAGAGAGAGUCGAUGACUACAUUUGAUUCUGAGGAGACUACAGUUGUAUGCGAAGCAGGGAAAGCCUUAGCAGCAGCUGCUUCUGCAGCAGCUGCUGCUGAAAAUCGGAAUGGAAAUGAACCUGGUGAAGAUCCUUCAUCCGGUGAAGCUUCUUCAGUUUUGACACCAAUGGAAUCACCAGAAUGUACGUGUCCCGUGCGGCGAGGAUUUGGAAAUGGUAGCGGCACGUUUCGGCGGUCGGGAGGAAGUUUUUGUGGGUCUUGUGAAGUUGAUUUGCGAGAUUCAGGGACUUGGCAAGAAGAAAUUGAUGUUUUGGGACAAGAUGAGCAUUUAAUGUUACCAUGUGGGUCGUUUCAAAAUGGGUUUGAUAUGUUUUGUGGAGAGACUGAAGAUUGUGGUAAUAAACUUGACAAGUGGAUUAAUGAAGAUAACGAAGAAAUGCAUCUUGAUAACAAAGAAGCAGCAGCAGCAGUAGAGACAGUUGAUAAAUAUCCCGGAGAAACUACAAGUGGGAGUCCUAUUGAAAUCCAGGGACUUGCGCUUGGUCAACUUCGAGUGACAAAUCGGAGUCCCGGGAAAAGCCCCGAAAAGAGUACGACCACAACUACGAGAAAUGAGUAUGAAGAUCCAAUAGACUUGGGGCUACAAAAACAAGCUGAGGGAAAUGGUGAUAACAACUGCGUGAAUAACCCUUUGCUGCCUCUUGCUACUAACCGGCCUCCACCGCUUCCUCCACGACGACCAAAAUUGAGUGUCCAAACACACGGCCUUGCCGACCCGAAAACAAUGCUGCUGCUCAAUGAGGCUGCACAACUCGAUUGUAGGUCAUCCUUGCAGAACCCCCAAUCUUUUGAUACGCCUGUGACAGCCCCACGCGUCAGUAGCAUGUAUCUUGGUCAGAGACCAUUGCCGCCAAUGUCAGAUGCCAAGCGCCGGCCAUGGUCGGAGGGAAGUAGUUCAGAAUCGUCAAGUGCAGGCAAUGUUUUGAGGAGGUUGGUGAGACGGGCGCGGCAGAAAAUGAGAGUACGGAGAGAUGGGCGUUGGGCGAGUAGUAGGACAUAUGAGCUUAAGAGGAAACUAUCUGCGCGUGGAGCGCGGGAGCGAUCACAAAGGGGGAGAGAAGGAGCAGGGCGCAAUUACAAACACAAGCGCCAGCAUAAUAGACAGUACCAAGGCCCAGUGAGGGAAUGGUCAGCGUGGCAGAACCGAGCAAGGUGGGUGGAUGCACGGCAAGUUGCAGAGUCUGUGGGCCCAGCGGCUACGGCGUCAAUGAGAAUGCCAGGAGGACGAGAAGCUUUACGGUGUGGAGGGUCAAUGCGUGGGGGCGACUUGAUGGCGAUGGUUGAGUGUGCGAUGGAACCUGCGGUGGUGAGUGGGUACCCUAUGCAGCAAUUGAGGGCAUACCGAGGGGUUUUGCUUGAGGGAGAAAGGGAUGAGGGGAAGAAGAUGAGGAGGUAUAAGAGAGGGAAAGAACUAGAAGAAGAUGAUUGUGAUGAUGGUUAUGAUUAUGGUAGUGGUGAAAAAGAAGAAAAAGAAGAAGAAGAAGAUUAUAAUGAACGCAGGCCUGUGCGGAGCACGUUACAACGGCGAUAUGGAGUUACAGGACCCGGGGAAUUUGUGCGGAAAGGAAAGAGUAAAUGCGGGAAUUUGAGGGAAGUAGAAGAUGAUUGA